CGGGCGGGGCAGCGCGGCCAUGCAGGUCUCCAGCCUCAACGAGGUGAAGAUCUACAGCCUCAGCGCCGGCAGGAGCCUCCCGGAGGACUGACUGGUGCCCUUCCUUACAGUGGCUGUCUGACAGGAAGAAAAGAGCUUUGCAGAAGAAAGAUGUGGAUAUCCGUAGAAGAAUUGAACUUAUUCAAGACUUUGAAAUGCCCACAGUUAGCACAAAGAUUAAGGUAUCAAGAGAUGGACAGUAUAUUAUGGCAGUUGGAACUUAUAAGCCAAGGAUACGCUGUUUUGAUACCUAUCAGUUAUCCCAGAAAUUUGAAAGAUGCUUAGAUUCUGAAGUGGUUACGUUUGAGAUUUUAUCAGAUGAUUACUCGAAGAUUGUCUUCUUGCAGUGUGGCAGGUUUGUGGAGUUUCACUCACAACAUGGUCAUUACUACAAGACAAGAAUACCAAAAUUUGGUAGAGAUUUCUCUUACCACUAUCCAUCGUGUGACCUGUAUUUUGUAGGAGCAAGUUCUGAAGUGUACAGGCUAAAUCUGGAACAAGGAAGAUUUCUGAACUCACUGCAAACUGAUGCUUCAGAGAGUAAUGUCUGUGACAUAAAUCCUGUGCACUUCUUGUUUGCUAUGGGGACAGCUGAGGGUAAAGUGGAAUGCUGGGAUCCUAGAACUAGAAAUCGAGUCGGGCUGUUGGACUGUGCUUUAAGCAGUGUGACAGCAGAUGCGGAGAUAGAUGGUUUACCCUCCAUUUCAGCACUGAAAUUCGAUGGAGCUUUGAAUAUGGCUGUUGGAACAUCUACUGGGCAGGUUUUGUUGUAUGAUCUCCGGUCUAGUCAUCCUUUAAUAGUCAAAGAUCACCACUAUGGCCUGCCUAUUAAGUCGAUUCAGUUUCAGGGUCAGUUGGAUUUAAUUAUCUCUGCAGAUUCUCGAAUCAUAAAAAUGUGGAACAAAGAUACAGGGAAGAUAUUUACUUCAAUGGAGCCAGAAUAUGAGAUCAAUGAUGUCUGCCUGUAUCCAAAUUCAGGAAUGCUAAUGACGGCCAAUGAAGCCCCUAAAAUGAAUAUCUAUUAUAUACCAGUUUUAGGACCUGCCCCAAAAUGGUGUUCCUUCUUGGACAACUUGACUGAAGAACUGGAGGAGAAUCCAGAGAGCACAGUUUAUGAUGAUUACAAAUUCGUUACCAGAAAGGACCUUGAAAAUUUAGGUCUUGCUCAUCUCAUUGGAUCAUCAUUGCUCAGAGCAUAUAUGCAUGGCUUUUUCAUGGACAUAAGACUUUAUCAUAAGGCCAAAAUGAUGGCCAAUCCCUUUGCCUAUGAAGAAUACAGAAGAGAGAAAAUAAGGCAGAAGAUAGAAGAAACACGUGCACAAAGAGUUCAACUAAAGAAACUUCCAAAAGUCAAUAAAGAGCUUGCACUGAAGCUGAUUGAAGAAGAAGGAGAAGAGCAACAGGUUGCUAGAAAGAGAAAACAGAAGAAUCUGCCUAGUCUUCUAAAAGAUGAUCGGUUUAAGGUCAUGUUUGAGAAUCCAGAUUUCCAGGUGGAUGAGCAGAGUGAAGAAUUUAGGCUACUUAACCCACUUGUUUCUAAAAUAAGUGAGAAAAGAAAGAGGAAACUGAAGAUCUUGGAGGAGCUGGAAGCACAAGAACAGGAAGAGGAGGAAGAACCAGAAGGAAAAGCAAGUGAUGCAGAAAGUUCUGAGAGUUCAGAUGAUGAAAAAGGCUGGGUUGAAGAGGUCAGGAAACAGCGCAGGCUUCUACGCCAAGAGGAAAAACUAAAGCGGCAGGAAAGGUCCAAGGAAGAUCAGCAAACAUUACUGAAGCCUCAGUUUUUUGAGAUUAAAGAAGGAGAGGAAUUCAGAAGCUUCAAAGACUCCGCCAAAAAACAAAAAUUAAUGAAGAAAACUCUUGGAGAUCGUUUAAAGCUUGAAGAAAAACUUGGCACGCUCAAUGUCUCUGAUACCACAGUAGGCAGCAAACAGGCAACAUUCAAAUUAAAGAAGUCAGAGCAGCAAAAGAAACAGCAGGAAGCUGAGAAGCAGCAUCGUCAAGAGAGGAGAACUCUUAGGCGUUCUGCUAGUCAUCUCAAGAGCAAACAUGGAAGAGGACGACUGUUCCAUUGAUGUUUUUUAUGUUAUUUUUAAAAUAAACUUAUUCUUAAUUGGAAAAAGGAACUUUUUCAAAUUGGGACACAGUACCAUUUUCUUUGUAUUUUGAUUCAGUGAUAAACACAAAACCCAGAACUUGCUAAACCCUGUGAUAAUCAUUGAAAAGUUUAUGAAAUUGAAAGUAUCGACCAAAGGACACUACAAGUAUGUUGUGUUAUAAACUCCAGUGUGAACUCUGUUUGUGCAGAAAUCACCAGCAACUAGUUAUUGUGUAACCCCAGAUGUUUUCUAUAUAAGAAUUUAUGUGUACAACGAGGCUGCUUGUCUUCUAUUAACUUUUGGUUUUUGCUUUCUAAAAUCUUUAUCUGUGACUGCCUGGUUUGAAGAUCAGAGGUAAGUUAUUUUGUCUAAAACCUUAUUUUUACCAAGGGUACAACAAUACAUAUUUUUUAAUGAUCCUUGAAGGAUGACACACGAUUGUGUUCUUCAAAACCUUUGGCUUUGUAUGCUUGGGUUGCCUUAGUAGCCAGGAGGAGGUACAAGUGGUUGUGAUGAGGGAAACUGAGAAAGCCUGAUUUAGGUUUCUCUAAGUCACCCAAUAAGGAAGCCCUCUCUUGUCACACCAAUGUACAGGGGAGAAUCUCAGUGGAACAUCUGAUUAAGUUAAAUGUUGUCAGUAUUGCCCUUAAACAGAAUCCUUAGAACCAGAUUUAAUAUGCUUUGGUAAGCCAGCAGUGGCACAACAUAGAUGAAGUAAUAGAUGUUCACAUAACAAGCACAUGAAGGCCAUGUCAGUAGCCUGCUAGUCUUCAAAAAGUUAGUUUAGUUAAAUAACUUGAGAAACUAGAACCUAAUUUAAGGAAAUGAUUGAUUCUUUUCUGUGUCUUCUUGUUGACUCGCAGAAGAAUGCUUGUUACUGACCAAGAUACAGCAUUUCUUCUUGAUUUUUGUCUUGCAAACCCAUAAUUUACAAAAGUAGUUCACCACUUAAAUCAAUUUUUACCUUUGUUCCAAAAGGGGCUUUGCUUAUUUCUUUUUUAAAAGCUUUAUAAAAUGUCUUUUCACCGAGGCCAAGAAACUGAACUUUGUAUCCAACAAGAAUCAGUAGAUCCCCCCCAUCACUGUACAUCUUUAAAAGAGACUUGGAGGUUCUUAAGCAUUUUGCUUUAUAAAGCAGAGGGGUUAUUAAUCUGGUCAGGUCUCCUGGGCAAUGUUUACUGUAGAAUUUUUUGCAGUUAUUUCAGUAAAAACCUUGGUUUCUCAAAGCCUGAUACAUCGUUGCUGUUAGAUGAUAGAAUAAUGAGUCACAGGAUUCAAUUUAGUUAUAUAGUUUAAUUUAAAAAUGCCUUUUGCACGAAUGUUUUCAUCUUUAAAACAUGCAUUGUAAUCAUCACCUCUCUGUCCUUCUAUUCAACUAAAAGAUGAGUCUCUUGGUAUGUAUUUUUUCACUUCUAGCUGUCCAUUUUUUAUGCAGUGUCCAUAAACUUCUCAUGCUUUCUGUUUAACACGGAACUAUCCAGUAUUCCAAUGUCAGUGUCACCCAUGCUGUAUACCAAGAAGUCCCAUUAUUACUUCUCCUCCUAAGCCACUGAGAAAAUGAAAUGCAGUUGUGGUUGCUCCAGGCUACAUCCCUCUUUUUGUAUUCUUGUCUUUUGAUAACAUUCAAGCCUUUGAAAUCCAAGUGCAGCGGCAAGUUAAAGUUUGUGCUAGUGCAACAUCUUUCCCCUGGAGCACUGUGUUAUCUCUCAGAAAUUAUCUGCAUGCAAUUCAGGUGUGUCCGCUUCAUACACGUGGCUGUACGGAACGUGGAAAGAUUCAUGGUGGAAACUUGCCACCAUUCCGGUUGAUACAGGGAGAACUGGGGAUUAGGUAGACAGAACUGGCACUGCAAGAGCAGGAAUUUGGAGGAGUUUGCUCCUUCUCGUGACAGGCCUAAAUCUCAUUAUGCAUGAUCAAGAGCUAGAGGGGCAUUUAUGGUUCAAGGCAUCCUUAUUUCAGCAGUGGUUUGAUUGGCUGUCAGUAGCAGUAAAAAAAAGAUGCAGUUGGUCUUCAGGGUAGUAAUGAACUCAGUUUUAAAUGGUUGACUUUCAGCUUAAAAAAAGCGUGUGUCUUCUGUUUUGAAAUUCUUCUGACUGACAUGUAGUUCAGUGGUUUUGCUUUUCUUGCACUUACAGAGGACUCAUUAUGAUAAUAAUGGUCAUGUAUUUAGAUUGGAGCCUGUAUGAUUAAAGGAAGAUAUUUUGUGCUGUUAAGAGAGAAGGCACAUGCAAACUGUCCUUAGCAUACCUUUUUAUUUCACAUAAAAGAUAUUUGGGAUACACUUUAAAUAUUGUUUAAAUAUACUAGGCGUAAGCAAUGAGAUACUUGAAAAGAUAGGGCUGUGAUUUGAAUGUCAUAGGAAUCAAAUGUGGAAACUGGAAGACAGGUUUGAUGUGCUUUUAGUAGCUUGUGUUGUUUGUGAGAUAGUCUCUUCUCUUUCGGGUUUCCAAAGCACUGCAGGCUUUGCCUGUAAGUAGGCUGUAUUCUUAUGUGCAGUGUAUGUAAACUCUCUAUAUAAACUUGCUCAAAUAAGGCUGAUUAGAGACAGUAGUGCAAGCAGUAGAUACCAGCCAUUAUGGAGAAGAACCCUGGAAAAUUGAAAGUCACAGAUAGCAUUUGUGAAUGAGAACGUGAGAGUUGUCUCAAGAAUCUGAGUACUGAUGAACAGCAUACGUAACUGAACCAGGUGUAGAUGUGCCCCUUCAAGGAGAGGGACUGUGCUGCCUUGUGAAUUCAUCUGCUUGUAUUUGCCCAGGAACACGUGCUUUGUAGACAGUCCUUCGUUCAACAAUUUCUUCAUUUCUGCUCUGGAUUGCUGAGGGCUUGCAUGAGAUCAUGGUGGAGGAGAGCAUUUGUGUGGGGUGAAGAGGCAAAGCUCUACACAGUCUCCGUCUUAGCAAUAACUCAAUUUGUGCUGUACUAGGUGAAGAGGGGCUGGUGCAGAUUUUGAAAGACCAGAGGUAACCAGAAACAGGUUUGCAGUGCCAAAGAUUGUGACUGUAUUCCUGAAGGAUUCUAAUACAGACAAAUGAAUGUCCAGCAUGUCUCUGAAAAAAGAAAUAUACUAUAUACUUUUAAAAAUCAUAAAUUAAUUGAACUAAUACUUAAUCUUGGACUACUUUUUCCCAUGAACCCACAGCUGGCUAGAAUCAGUGGUACCCAGAAACAUGGAUUUCCUGGCCUUGAUAUGACUACUAGAAGUUUGAAAGAGGGCAGUGUUCCUUGUGCUGCUCACUUUGGUCAGGAGAAGUGUUGGAUGUUUGCUUUUUCCCAACAGCCUCUUCAGGGUAUCCAGCGCUGGAACUCUGGAGCAGGAGUGAGCUGUAGUUGGUGGGCUGUGCCAAGCUGCCUGGCUCCCAUUUGAGCCUGGGAGCUUUUUGGUGAAAUAGGGAGGAGUAUUCCUUGCAGGCCUUGCUUUUGAGGUGCUGGGGAGCAGCAGGAAUGGGCAGCUCUGUGCAGGAAGGCAGGUUGGCAGCUCUGGCAGGCUGGGGCAGUGACCUCCUGGACAGGAGGUGCAAUCCUGCAGUCAGCAAAUGAGCAGUAGAGUGAGAGCAGUGAGGUUCAACCAACAGACCAAACAGACAAGUUUGUCAUGACAAGGCAGUUCUAAGGUCAAGUGACCAGGUCAGGAUCAGGGGAGUACUUGGGAGGCAUGGGCACACCUGCAACAUAGCCUGGGUGAGGGCUGAGGUGAUUCAGCUCCCAAGCGUAGCAAGGAGAGGCCGCUGGCAGGGCUGGCCAGAGCUUGGUCUCACACUGCUCUUACAGCAGUCUGGUCCCCAGCUGUUCAGCCACCCUGUUACCAGAACUGGCUUUCAGCACAGACACACCCUUGGCAAGGUAGGGGAAAGGUAGCAGAGCCUUAAGGUUCCAUGGAGGGACCUGACACACAGCACAUGUUGGAUUCUUGAGAGUGAUAAAAGCAGGUUAAUGUCCUUCAACAGCUACCGGGGGGAAAACCUGAGUUUCAGUAGAAGCUGACAUUAAUGGAAAGACAGUGCAAAUUACUAGCUUCAUCAUGCAACCAAAGCAGGCAUUUCUUGGGUAUCAGCCUGAUUACAUCAAGUUUUUUAGUCAAGGGUACUGCAUUUUCCAUACUGCAGAAAUCAGUACUGAUCCAGUAUUGCCAUUUUUAGAAGCUGAGCAGCUGCUGGGAUCAUUUUUGGUAUUUAAGGUUCAUACUCUUACCUUAGAGUCAUCAGAUGCUGUAGCCUCAUGGAAUCCCCGAUUGUUUCAUACAUAUGAGAAUAUAGUGGUGAGAAUUAGUUUAAAAACUCCCUAUAAAUGAAUUUACAUAUAGUGGUUAAAUGUGAGUGAAAUACUAGUGAGAUAAAGACAUGAAUCUGAUACAUCACCUAUACUUAAGUACUUUCUUAGUCCUCAAGGAAUACAGUUUACUUCAGAUAGGCUGUUAGUCAUUGAGCAAACAUUGAACCAAAACUAUAUGUGUAAUGUUCUUUCCAAAUUGCUGUUACCAAGCCAGGAAGAAUGUUGUGUUCCUGUGGCUGGUUUAGUUGUCUGAAAUGGAGAGCAUCCAUCAGUUUAUACAAAACAAUGGAAUAAUUUACUGUACCUCACUUCUGGGUGAGGCACACUUUUUGUUCAGUACUUGAACAAAAUAGUGAAAUAUUAUUAAAAAUAUUCACCUGCAUAAAUAGCAAGUGUGUGUAAAAUGUAUGUACAUGUUUUUAUACUCAUGGGGUUCAUUUGUGUAUGAGAUUACCAGUUUCGGGAAGAGUUGUGAGGGAGGGUGUAACAGUUUUUUUAAUUAUUCCAUCUUGCUUCACAGCAACCUUUUAUAUUUGUGUCCUCUGUGUUUCCAAAUGGGAAAAAGAGUAGUAGACUUGAAUUCCAGGAAGAAAGAACCGUCUUUCAGUUGGAGGGCAGUGAAGAAGUACAAUAGUUUACCAGGGUAGACUGUGCAAUGUCCACUGAAAGACUUGUGUUAUCAGGUUAAACAUAUGCAGGAACCCUGCAGGUAUAGUGGAGCCUGCCUUGAGGAGGAGGAAUGGAUUAAUGAACUUCAGAGGACCUCUCUAACCCAAUGACUGGGCGUAAGAAGAGGCACACAGCGUUAAUUGACUGGAGUAAUUUUCCCCCUUUGUCCCAACCUUCAACUGAACUACUCACUAGUUUUAUCUUUUUAUCUCUUUCAUAAAGAUUAAAUACUUUUUUUGGCUUGUUUCCAUAGCUAAUAUAUUUUUUCUGAUCUUGGGAAGUAUGGGGUUUUUAGGCUGAAUGAAAGUGCAUAAAUCUAUUAAUAAACUUCAGCUCUUGAUCCUUAUCUGUUGGGUUUCAAAGCCCAUUUUACUCAACAACUGACUCUUUGUGAUGAACAUGAAGAAGUAGUCCUAUCACCAAAAUGAACAAUUUAUAGUGCAGCCUGCAGAAAAUAAUCAGAUCUAGCAGAGCUUGGUAGUUUACACAACCAGAGGAAAAAGAAUUCCCACAUUUUAAAGACUGCAGAUGGAUAACUGUAAAUCUUGCGAUGUGGUUCUUAAGUCGUUCUGUCUAUAAAACUGGGUAUUGCUAAUUCCCACACCCACCAAAAUUUAGGCACUCUGUGUCCCAUUCCCCUCUCUGAUGACUCCGUUCAUGUUAACUGCAUUUUCCUUCCUCCUUUGCUUUUUUUAAUUUGUCCCAGACCCUUGAUCCACACUGGGUCUAGUGGUAGCUUUCUAUGGAUAGUGUGUCACACUUUACCCUGCAUUUGUACCAGAAGUGGCAUUGCUGAGUGUACAGACUAGUCUGCACGCUCAUACAUCAGCAGGGGUAAAAUAAGCUGAUUUCUGUAUGAGUGAAUGAAAACUGCAGUGACUGUGUAUCAUCCAUACUGUGUAAAUUCAGAAAUGUAUCUAUCUCUUGCUGACCGUGUUUUUCUGGAUCUCUGCUUAGUGUCUUAGCCUGCAGUGCAUGUGCAAGGAGUGAAGGUCGACUGAGCAUGUUCAGAAAGGAGUUAUUUUUUCUCUUUACCAUUUGAAAGAAACAAUUGCAGAGGGCUGUUUACUUUGACAGUUACAUCCAGUUAGGGUUUAAGUACCGUAGUUUUGCAGCAAGAUCAGGUAUUAUUUUUAAAUCCUGUUGUUCCCAAUGUGUUCAUGCUUUACAAGGAGCUGCUUACCUAUGAAGGUGAGUUCUUGUUCCUGUUUAAUUCUUCACUGAGUGGGACAAAAAUGAAAAUCUCAUUUCCUCAUUAAAGAGAAAACUAAGCAGUUGGAGUGGGAAAUACCAGCCCAGCCCUAAUAAAAAUUUGUACUCCCAGUUCCUGGAACCACCCUACCCUUCCCUACAGCAGUUUCUGCCACAGCUGCUCUGUCUCUUGUGCUUAUUAUCUCUUGUUUUAACAUCUGGCUAUUUCUUGUGCAGUGCCUUUCUCUACACUCCAAUUUUUCUAUUAAUAUCAGGAUCUGUAGUACAAAUUAGUGCAGCUAUAGCACGGAUUGGGGAACGAGUACUAAAAUGGCAGCAGUAGGUGGGUUGUGUACAGGCACAUCUUGAGCAGAAUGGAUUUGCAUGAACUUGGAGUCGUGCGGAGCUGUGACAUCAAGGUGCACAGUGGGGGUCUGGAGAGCUGGCACACCCUCCUGUGCACCUUGUUGGCGAUACGCAGGGGGGACUGUUGCUUUAAGCCCCCCCGAUUCCACUAUGCCAGCUCUACCUCACUAGGUAUCUGGGUGUUUUGGGUGGGGUUGUUGUGUUUUAGAAUUUUUUUCAAUAAUUUUAAUACUGCAUUAAUACACUUGCAAUGCACAGUUACGUACAUGCCCAAUUACAUUAUGUACAAUUAUACAAAAGGUUCAACAUUUGAAAGCAUGCAAUUGUACACUAUCUGACUUCAGUAACUACUAAUACUGUGUCCAUUUUGUUUCCCAACAUUUCUUCUGUAAUAUUCUUUCAGAUGUAUUUUAACCUUUGUAAUAUUUCAACUUUAUAUCACAAGUGUGUAUACAGUAGGGGUCAUAAAAAAACACAUGCUUACCUGUAAGGAUUUUCUCAUCUUAUGCAAAUGAGAAUGUAAUGAAAAGUAAUUAUUAGGAUUUUGCUGCUCUUGUAAACUUAAUCAGAGGGAAAGUUUGCAACA